AAUCAAAUCACGCGUGUGCCAGCGUUCCUAACUGCAGUGGCUAAGUAAUAAAAUUAAAUUAAAAUACACACCAGCUUCGAGAUAAAUAUUUCUAAUCCAUCUCUAGAACCCCCAAACAAAAAUCACACAAAAAUUCAAACCCGCGCAUCUCAAAACCCAUCCACGCCACCGUUACCCCCAACACAACUCCCUCGAAAAAUUCGCCAUGAAUCCCAACAAUCAAGAGAAUAUAUCGCAACAAGCCCAACCAGAAAAACAAACGGCUCCUCACUCGGCUGAUUACGUUCCGUACCCUAAGCUCGAUCCAAACGACGUCGCUCCGCCCCCUCCCCCCGCUUCCGACAACUGGACCUCCGUUCCGGUCACUUCUCAGCCGCCGCCGGUCGACGCUCCCCGAUCCUCCGCCGCGCCCGAAGUUACCGCCACUACGAUGCCUCCUGAAUCGAACCCCUACGUGUCCCCCGCUCCCGUCCCGGCUUCUUCGGUGAAGAAAUCGAUGGAUACUGUUAAGGAUGUGCUCGGGAAAUGGGGAAAGAAGGCUGCUGAGGCUUCAAAGAAAGCCGGAGAUCUUGCUGGAAAUACAUGGCAACACUUGAAGACUGCCCCUAGUGUUACUGAUGCCGCUGUUGGAAGAAUUGCUCAAAGUACAAAAGUUAUUGCUGAAGGAGGUUAUGAAAAAGUUUUCCGACAAUCCUUUGAAACUGUCCCUGAAGAGAAACUUUUGAAGUCCUAUGCCUGCUAUCUAUCUACAUCUGCUGGUCCAGUCAUGGGGGUAAUGUACCUGUCAACUGCAAAGCUGGCAUUUUGUAGUGACAAUCCUCUGUCCUACAAAAAUGGCGAGGAAACGCAGUGGAGUUAUUACAAGGUGGUCAUCCCUAUAUAUCAACUGAAAGCAGUAAAUCCAUCUGCAAGCAAGGUGAACAAAGCCGAAAAAUACAUUCAGGUUAUCUCAGUUGACAAUCACGAAUUCUGGUUCAUGGGGUUUGUUAAUUAUGAUAAUGCUGUCAAACAUUUACAAGGCGCUUUAGAGUCCCGCCCUCAGUGAUAUGCUGUAGCCAAUCUUUCUAUAAUGUGAGUAACAGCUGUGAUUUGUCAUGAAGUUGUGGUGUAGAUACAAUACCAUGUGAUCUUUCAGAGGUAAUGUGCAGUAGUACAUUCCUGCCUCUGAAUAUGUCUGGAUAUGUGUACUAGUAAAAUUAUUCAAGUGGUUGUCAAAUUGUUGUGUGCUGGUACUUGAUGCAAAUGGAUGGACAGAAAAUGAUGAUUGUGUUUCCCAUUUGUAAUGCACUUAACCAAAAUAUUUGUACAUUUGUUCAUUUAUUGAGUAACUAUAUAUCAGUUUGGUUUUGGACCUUGUUCUAA